AUGGUCAAGUACUCGCCUAAAUCAAAGAGACACUCCCGCCAAAUAGCACGACAGUCGACGCUCAAUAUCACACUAUCGCCCACUCAACAUUCCCAUCCACCCAUUCCUAUUUCGAAAUCUCAAAUAUUUCUGAACGCUGCCUCUAUAGCUCACGCCGUCUCUAAGCAUUUAGUAUCAAGGACUAGGAAGUCUCGUAGGUUGAAGAAACGACUAGUUGAGCCUUGUAGCAGCACUAUAGCUUCCCCUUGGCGCAAGCAUAUCAUCUUAUCUCCUCCACCGAAAAAGCUCAGCAGGUAUGAGAGAGAUGGAAUUGCAUCACCGGACGUCGUCAAGGUUCUUCGUACAGAGCUACAACCCAUGGUGGCUGACUACGGCAGGGAAAGCUACCCCUUGCCAUACAGAUCCAAGCGCACAUCUAAUACCACCGACACUGUUUCUCCCCCGACAACACCUAUUUUUAUAAGGCCCACGGUAUCACAAUUUCUUGAUCCGUUCAACUUUUCUUUUUCUCCUGUUGCGACGUCGUCCCCACCUCCGAACAUCCGCAAAGCAAAGUCUAGGUCAACCAUGAAAACUCCAGCAUAUAUGUCUGACUUGGACUGUAUUUACCCUUUCUCGGGAGUAAGAGAGACGACCCUUUCCCCGUCUGAUGACCCGUUCAUUUCACAAGUCAUACAUGAUCCAGAUGAGGUCAAGAUAUCAUAUAUAGAAAGCCUGUUCGCCGCCGUUUCCGAGGUUCGCCUACCUCCUCAGCGUUCCGAUAGAUCUUCGCGGAUUUUCCGACUCACGCCUCUUGCUGGAGCAUCGGUCUGUGCGACACCGAAGAUGUUCUCUUCGACUGCUGAAUCUCUGGCGCUGGAUGCUUCUGAAUCCUUGGUGUCUCUGGGGUCCAACCGAGCGGACCUUCGCUCGACACAUGCCACGGUUCGUACUGGCCUUUUGUCGGUAUACGAAGAUCAAGUCAUACAUACUGCCACCUCAAGUAGUCCUAGGGGUCCUGUUCUACUCAUGGAAACUAUUGGAUCUCAGCCACGCACGAAGUACUCUGGCAGUACAAGACCAUCUGAGCCUACAUCUCGUGUCUCGACAAUCCCCGCUGCCGAUUGUGUAUCUACAGCCUUGAAUGCAAGAUCAGCCCACUGUUCUCAGAGAAUCACUGUUAACGCUCAUGAUGUGGAGGCCACACUUGCCGCAGCCCUUCAUCUCGCGAAGUCUGGACAGAAGCUCUUGCAAACGCCCGCCCCUCGCGAUAUAUCUUUGUCGAAAACUCGUCUACCUCUCACACCUAUCUCUUUGACUAAAUUUAAGCCGCGCACCUCAUCCUGCUUUGAAAAGGAGAACGGCCGUGUCGGCAUUCCCUCUGCGCAUUCUAGUCCAACCUUGGUCAGUGUCGGUCGAUCACCAGCUGUCUUUCGUGCUGCAUCUUGUUCCCCGAUGGUCACGGGUGUGCAAAUGUCAAAACUUCGGGCUUCUAGUUAUCAGAGUCGACUUCCACCGAGCUCAAGUCUUGACGCGACAUCGACUAUCGAGUCUCCGGCCUUUCUAAAUUGUCGCCAAGUGAACGUCCCGUCGAAAGGCUGGAACGAUCCCGAUUUUGAUACCAUUCGUCGGAGGAAAGGGCCAGUCAAGGCGCGCAUCCACAGACGUACCUCGGUGGUCACCAUCGAUAUUCCGAGCCCUCCGCCCAUCAUUGAAGACGGUCCCGAAUCAAUUGAUACUGUCUCCGGGGGCGAGUCUGGGCUCCGUCGUCCGGACCCGGAAGUUGGGGACGCCAUCCUUGAGCUGCAACGGCGAGGGGUUGGUGCCGAUAACCACGUCCCACUGUCAAGGGUCAGUCUUGUCGAUUGUCCUCAACCUCGGUCGACGAUGAGGGAUUGGGCUAAGAUGGUCGGGUUGGCAUUGACGAACCCCUGGAGGGUUUCCAAGGCAGACACGCGGCCUGCACGUUGA